UUUAUAUAGCACAUUUUUCACCAUAUCCUCCGGCUUUGCUUCGCUCCCAAUCCUCACAAAUCUAACUUAUCUUGCUUUGAGUUGGAAACGAUGGAGCAACCCCAAUCGGUGCAGGACGGAGGAGCGGUGGCGGUGCCUCCGGCGGUGCCGAAACCGAUGGUUAAGGCGCCGACGUCGCUCGCCCCUGGGUUCAGGUUUCAUCCAACGGACGAAGAGCUCGUCAGGUACUACCUCCGCCGCCGGGCUUGUGGCAAACCUUUCCGCUUUCCGGCCGUGUCUGAAAUCGACGUCUACAAAUCUGAACCCUGGGAGCUUGCAGAAUAUUCAUAUCUGAACAGUAGAGAUCAAGAAUGGUACUUUUUUAGUCCUGUGGAUAGAAAGUACGGAAAUGGGUCUCGGCUGAACAGAGCAACCGGUAAAGGUUAUUGGAAAGCUACAGGGAAAGACCGCCCUGUCCGCCAUAAGUCUCAGACUGUUGGAAUGAAGAAAACACUUGUCUUUCAUUGUGGACGAGCUCCUGAUGGUAAGAGGACAAAUUGGGUAAUGCACGAGUACAGACUCUCAGAUGCAGAGUUAGUGCAAGCUGGGGUUGCACAGAAUGCAUUUGUGCUGUGUAGAAUUUUCCAAAAAAGCGCUUUGGGACCUCCUAAUGGGGACAGAUAUGCACCUUUUGUUGAGGAAGAUUGGGAUGAUGAUUCGACUCUUGUAGUUCCCGGAGAAGUAGCUGAGGAUGAUAUGACCAAUGGUGAUGAUGCACCAGUUGAAGGCAACAACCUUUUCCAGUUGCAGGGUGCUCUAUUGAAUGGUCCUGCGAGUCCAGUUAUUGAACCAUCACUGGCCCUUUCAUUUGUUUGCAAGAGAGAGAGAUCAGUGGAAGCGGAUGAGAAUCCCGAACCCCUUUCUUUGGCCCAAAGCAAAAGACACAAACGCGACGAUGGUACCACCUCAAGCCAUGCAAACGGUUCGGAAGACUCGACCACUACAAGUCGGGACCCACUGACCAUGAUGAUGACGACAAACAAUAAUUCCCAACCUGCGCUCUUAGAAUUCCCUUUGAUGGAGAACCACCACCAAUCUACCAAUGUGCCCACUUUCGACUCCUCCACGCUCGAGAAAUCCGUGCCUCCAGGUUAUUUAAAGUUCAUUAACAACUUGGAGAAUGAAAUUUUAAAUGUUUCUAUGGAGAGGGAGACAUUGAAGAUUGAAGUAAUGAGGGCGCAAGCCAUGAUUAACAUUCUUCAAUCACGCAUUGAUCUCCUAAACAAGGAGAACGAGGACCUAAGAAGCGUUGCCGUGGGAGGGGCUAAUAGCUUGUAGUCGAGUUUUGUAGGUUGGACUUCAUCUUUGUCACACUUUUCAUGUCUCGUUUGUUUGUUUGUCACAUAUUCUGAUCGGUUGGCGUCUAUUAAUUAAUUGAUUUCAACCGAUCAGGAAACAUGGGAUAUCAACAAGGAAAUGAAGAGGUGGGAUUAUAUGGACAUAGAGAUUUCAAUUCCCAAUUGCAAUUUUUUUCGUAAUAAAUUAAUAAUAUCAACCUGAGAUGGCAUCAUAUACGGUCUUCAAAAAUAGUGGAAGAUAAGUAUGGGGAUGCCGGAGAUGUUCUUAUUUAUACAUGUCCACAACCUUAAAUAUAUUUUGUGUUUUGUAAUACUACGUAUUGUUCUAUGUACCAAUAGUACAUGAACUGAUGAACCAAUGUGAUAAUAGCUAUAAAUAUUAGCACUCUAUUGGAGUGUAGUUAAAGUAAUUAUCAUUUUUGAACCUUUGCAUUAAGACAUUCACUUGGUCAGAUUGUAUAUUACACGGAGAAGUACCUUC